ACUUCUUGGUCUCGGUCGAGCACGUCGAGUGCAACGACCGGCCACUCCUCUCAACCAAUACUCUCACCUUCAAUUCUACCCACCAUGCAGAGGGAACACGUUCGCAGAGGCUUCUCCAUUAGUCAUCAAAAGGUCGUCCUUGAGGUUGACUUCUCGGGAAGCAUCUGGGGAUACACGGAGAUCACGGUGGUUCCCACCAACAAGGAUCUCAAGACUCUCCAUCUGCAUUCAAGACAAUGCACGAUCCACUCCGUUACCGUUGCCUCCCAUCCAGCGGACUUUACUUAUCACGACCCUCUGGCGAGCCUCAAUGUAUCGAAUCCGCAGGAUGUCCAUCUUCACCCUGAACUCAAGAGGAAGGUGUAUUCGGCACUUGCGGAGGGCGAAGAGGGCGAACUCUCCAUUGCGAUACCAAACGAGGUGUCUCUAAGGCAGUCAGGACAUGCUGCCGCUGGGCUUGUGAGCGAAGCUGCAACCCCGGAGCCUCAAACGCCAGGCCUGAACGCGCAGGCCACGCUUCCAGUUCCGGAAUUUGUUCCCAUUAACAUCAAUAUCAUCUACAGCAUGCGGAACCCAGCCGAUGGCAUCCAGUUCGUCAUACCGACGGACGCGUAUCCAUAUCGUGUACCACACGUGUACACGACACCCUCGUCUCCCGAUGCUGCACGAUGCUGGGUUCCUUGCGUCGACAAUUUGUGGGAAAAGUGCACGUGGGAUUUCGAGUUCGUCGUCCCAAGAUAUCUCGAGCAACGGGAGUCUGCACCCGAAGACGACGGAGAGUUGCUGGAAGGUGAUAACCCCACCAUUGUGGUCUGCAGUGGAGAGCUUGUUGAGCAGGUGGCUCAUCCUUACAACUCGAGCAAGACGAUCUUCGUGUUUUCUCAGAACACGUCAACCUCCGUGCAGCACAUCGCUUUUGCCGCAGGGCCGUUUCACGUCCAUUCCAUUCCGGCUGAUUUGAGUGCCGCUGAAGACGUGUCUGGGACUUCACAACCUCUUAUGCACGCGUUCUGCCUCCCGGGUCAUGAAUCGCUGCUGGGUACUUCUGUAUCCUUCAUGCGAUCUGCAAUGAGCUUCUAUUCUACCGAGUUUGGAUCAUAUCCAUUCGGGUCGCACAAGCUCGUAUUCGUCGACGAGAUGCCGACGCAGCGGUUUGAUAGCGCCACACUUUCGCUCGUCACUGUGGACCUGCUACAUGGCGAAGAUGCGAUUGAUCAGGUCCUCGAGACCCGCCACUGUUUGAGCCAUGCUCUUGCAUGCCAGUGGAUUGGCAUCAACAUUCAGCAGAAGACGUGGUCGGACACUUGGUUAACGAAUGGACUUGGGUUGUACAUCGCAGGACUUUUCAUCCGGAAGCUCAUGGGGAACAAUGAGUACCGAUUCCGACUGAAGAAGGACAUGGAGCGCGUGCUCGAGCUCGAUAAUGGGUCCAUGCCGCCGGUCUGCCAGCCACAGCUCCUUGAGCCUCCAGACUUAGUCACUCUGUCAUUCAUCAACCUCAAAUCACCCCUCGUACUUCACAUCCUCGAUCGGCGCUUAGGGAAAUCCGGCACAUCCCUCGGAUUGUCUCGCGUCCUUCCCAAGGUGUUCUUGUCUGCUAUCAGCGGAGAGCUACCAAACAACGCGCUCUCGACUCAUUCGUUCCUAAGGACUUGCCGCAAAGUGAGCGGCAUUGAUCCACGUUCGUUCGCAGAACAAUGGAUAUAUGGCAGUGGCUGUCCUACGUUCGGGUUCUCUGCCACCUUCAAUCGCAAAAAGAUGGCAGUGGAAAUCUCAAUGCGCCAGGAAGCCCCGGCGUUUAAGGUUCACGAGAACAAUGAGGUGACGAAAGUGCUCAUGAAGCCAGUGCCGUUCUUCGAGGGCCAGAUGACAAUACGUAUACACGAAGCUGACGGCACGCCUUACGAGCACGUUCUCGACAUCAGGAGUUCUUUUAAACGCUAUGAGGUUCCAUUCAACACCAAAUACAAACGUGUGCGGCGGAAUACAAAGCGGUAUCUUGCCCGUCAAGCUGCCGCACAAGCCGCUGCAGAGGGUGAUGCGGAGGCUGCGGCUGCUAUGAAUAUGGUGGACAUGGGGUUCGGUCUGGAAAUCUGGGAGAACGAGAGGGAGCGAGAGAAUUGGAAAGUCGCUGACUGGACCGAAGAAGAUGAACAGAACAUGGCCGGGCAGACGUACGAGUGGAUACGGAUUGACGCUGACUUCGAAUGGAUUGCCGCUAUUGCCUUUGACCAGAAGGAUUAUAUGUGGGUCUCGCAGUUGCAGCGCGACCGGGAUGUUGUUGCGCAGUAUGAGGCCAUCCAGGUGUUGUCGAAGACACCGAAUGCCAUCAUAUCGAGCACGUUGGCCAAGACAGUGCUCGUGUCCAAUUACUACUUCCGGAUCCGCUGCGAGGCUGCACAGGCUCUCGUCACUUGCGCAAUGCGGCGGAUGGACUGGCUAGGCUUGUUCCACCUGUUUAAGCUAUUCCUGAGAUAUUGUUACGAGCCAGAGGAUCCCAAUCCCGACCUGUUCAGCCACACGUAUGUGCCACGUCCGAACGAUUUCAGCGACUUCGCAGAGUACUUCGUGAGGAAGAGUUUGAUCAGGGCGAUCUCGAAAGUUCGUUUCGAAAACGGCAAGACACCACCCAUUAUCCGGCAGUUCCUCAUCGAUCAACUCCGCUACAAUGAUAACACAUCCAAUCCAUACUCAGACGCGUUCUACAUCUGCACCAUCAUCGCUGCAUUGGCAUGCGCGACCAUCUCCACCGUUCCUCCCGAACGCGGCGAAUUCAUUGCCACGGAUACUCACCCAGUGCAAGACCCGACAGACAUUAAGCUGCUUGAGCAAGCAUUGACGGAGGUCGACAGGUAUCGCAGCAUGGAUCGACUUAUUCCCACAUAUCAUAACGUCGUUACGGUCGCCGUGGUCGAGUUCCACCUCAUGCUGAGCGUCGCCAACCUUAUCCCGCAUGACCCUCGCUUGUUCUUCCCGUUGACACGUGAGGGCAACUACUCCCAAGUACGCAUGGCGGCGUUCGACUACUUGUUCCUCUCAAAAUGGUACACGCCGAAGGUCAUGCGCUAUAUCCUCGCCGUCAUGGCACAUGAUUCUUCGCGAGUGGUCCGCCGACAUGUUGCGCAAAAUGCAUGUCUAAGUCUGGCGCUACUUGUGACCAUGGGCGAGAUGAAGACGUUGAAGGAGACUGAAUCUCUGCUGAUUGAGGAAGACGGCACGAACGCUGAAAAGGCGAAGGAGAGUAAGAAGAGCGACAUGGAUCUCAUGAUUAAAGCAUUCAGGAAGGAUAGGGAGCUGGGCAAGAGUGAAGUGAUUAGAGAAUACUUGAUGCCAAUUGCUCUCGCUCCUGAAACUGAUCACGAAGUCCGAUGGGGUCUGCUGAAGCUAGCAGACCUUCUUAUCAGAGGCGCUGAGGAGGCACCUCCCAAGGUUAUGAUUCAUUUGCCUCCUACCCCUGUAUCGGAAGUUGCGCCCGUGCUCCCUGCGGUCAAACUGCCUCCAAAGGCUCGGCCUUCUUUCAAGAGUGGAGGUCCUCCGACAAAGGCCAUCGCGCCUCCUUUCACCCCCCGUCUCAAGUUUAUGUCCAAUAACUCGCAAGUCGACGUUUCAGCCAGAAUGCCGGGCGCGGUCACCCCUAACGUUAGUCGCCGUGACGUCUUUCCUGUUCCAAGACCACCAGCCCCGAAGAGAAUAUCAAUCGUAGAGAAGAAGGAUAAGAGCAUUCCUAAGGCACGAUCUGGUGGCAUGAGUCUGAACGACGUACAAGCUUGCCGCAAUGCUUUGAAGAAACUACAAAUGCACAAGAAUGCCCACUGGUUCUUACAGCCGGUAGAUCCUGUGCGAGAUAAUGCCCCGAACUACUUCGACAUCAUCAAGAAACCGAUGGAUCUUAGCACCAUGAGUGCGAAGCUGGAGCAGGGAAAAUACAGGGAUCGAUUUGCCUUUGAAGAGGAUUUUCGCCUCGUAAUCAGCAACGCAAAGUUGUACAACCUCCCUGGCAGCUUCGUUCAUAACGAGGCUCUUGGUCUUGAAUCGUUCUUCGAUAAGCAAUGGGUCCGCAUCAACAAGACACUUGAAGCUGCGGAUCGGGCCAUGCAGUCUCGGGCUGUCCACCAACCUCCACUCCCCACCAAGGCGCCGAGCGUAGUUUCUCUGGUAUCUGCUCCUGUGGCCUCCUCUUCUAAUCCAGUCGCUCCCUUGUCUUCCCGGCCAUCUGUCAAAUUGAAGGUUGUCAGUGCGGCAGCUGAGAGACAGACCACUCCUAAACCCGCGCCGAAGUUAAAGGUGAAGAAAGUGCAUGAGUUAAAACCUCCUGCGGAACGGCAAUCAAGUCCUGCCUUCAUUGACGAUGGGUCUGCUGAUCUCCUAGAGGAGGUGAUAGCGAUCGAGCGGGAGAAAGACGAGGAACAGCGCAGAAACCGCGCCUCAACAUCCAUUGAGAAGGAGAGGGAAAAGGAGAAGCAAAUUCCUAAAGUUAUGGUCGGAAAGCGCAAAAAGCCUGCCGAGGAGACACCAGGAGACGACCUGCUAGCUCUUACCUCAAUGCCUAAGAAGGAUAGGUCCAUACCGCCGCCCUCUGUAGGCGUAACCCCUACCAAGGCAGCCGCGGUCCCUCAGAAGAACGACACCAGUGCAUCCGCCCAGAAGAACAGCGCUGUGCAACCGAAGAGUAAGGAAAAGGGUGUCAGGCCUGUCGAGAAUCCGGCUCCGACUCCAGAGGCAGGAAUAUCUCAGCGUCCCUCUACUACCAAGGGCAAGGAGAAAGAAGUGCCACCUCCCAUCAAUGCGGCUUCUAUGCCGUCGAAAGCGAAAAGGUCGCCCCCUCAGGGCAUCUCAAUCAACGAGAAGAAAUGUAGAGAUGUCUUGAAAACGCUCAUGAAAUUGCCAAACGCAGCAAUCUUCUUGAGGCCAGUUGAUCCCGUACUUGAUGGAUGCCCGACAUACUAUGAUGAGAUCAAAGAGCCGAUGGACUUCAGCACAAUAUCCAACAAGCUCAACGAGGGCGCGUACGCGACGAUGGAAGACUUUGCACAGGACAUCGAACUUAUCCUCCACAACUGUCGAACCUUCAAUCCCUCAACGACUUAUCCAACACUCUGUGCUGAUGAAGUCGAGCGGGUGUUCAAAAAGGAAUGGGGGAGAGCUUUGGAGAAGAAAUUGACUGGACGAGAGAAGCGGAGUUUACAAGGGAUCAUGACGAAGCUUAGUUCUGACCCACAACAUUACGUCUUCUGGGAACCGGUGGACCCGAUCGCCUUGGGCAUACCAACGUAUUUCGACAGGAUUCCGCGCAAAGAUGCACGCGACCUUCGUACGAUCCGUGAGAAGCUUGAUGCGGAUAAGUACGACUCUGUUGCUGCCUGGGAGGCAGACAUGAACCUGAUGGCCAACAACGCCAUUAAGUUCAAUGGAGCGACAUCGGAGGUCGGUCAAAUGGCUACGGCGAUCAGGCGUAGGUAUCAAGAAAUGGUCACACCUCUGAAGUCGUCCCCUGCCACCAGUACCAGCACCACCCCAACGGCGACGAAGAGAAAAGGUAAUGAGAGAGAGACUAGCCAGUCUUUCAAGAAGGCCAGAAUCGGAUGAUCUAUAUUGAUUUGCUGUCUGUUGUGCGCUUAUCACUGCUUGUCGCAUUGCUUUCAUGUACAUUAGUCUUGCACAGUCAGCUAUUCCUCCGGGAACUUUCGAAAACUUUGUUGAAUUGGUCGUGAAGUCGGGGAUAUGUUAUCAAGUGUGAAUGUACCACCACACGCUUAUUGCUCGUCCUCUACUAGAUCCAUCGGCUCCUCUCUUGAUUGAGGAGGCUCAACUAUACUCGAGGACAUCGUAAACUCCGAGGGAGUCGGCGAACUAGGCGGGGAAUUUGGAUCAAGAACUUGCUCGGCAACAUCUGAAGGUAGUUCAGAUAAGAACAGACGAUUGUUGUGUUUGACAGAAUU